AAGAUUCAUAUCCGCACUCACACAGGCGAAAGGCCAUUCAAGUGUAAAUCAUCUGCCUUAAAGGUUCAUAUCCGCAGUCACACCGGCGAAAGACCACACAAGUGUAAAAUCUGUGACAAAGCUUUCAGACAAACAUCAUAA